UGUAAACAUACAUGGAUUGUAUAUAUACAACUAUACAUUAUACGUUUGCUAAGCUUUUACUCUCAAUGCUCUAUCAACAACACCAAACACACAACAAGAUUCUAAAAACACCCUAAAGAACCAUCCUAACUUAGGUGCACAUGAUUCCAGGAUCAGGCCCAUGUUUUCCUAGCACGUCCGACCCAGAUGACUUACCGAACCAUACCGAUUUAUACCAUGAUGUAAUCGAAGCUAGCUUCGAUGGCGCAGUUCUUGGGUCGGACACACAGUUCCGAUCCUUACUGUGCAGUCUUACUGUUCUGAAGCAGAAAGUACAUGAAGUUGAAUCAUUGAUUGGUUUGUUUUUGUCUCAUGACACCCAUCAACAAGGUCAACCCUUUGCAAACAUCAGCUCAUUAAUACAAGAAAUUGUGGUGAAUGCUUCUUCUAUGAUGUUCAAUUGUCAACAAAUGACAAUUGGGUCAUCACAAACAGGUCAUAACAAUAGACAUGUGCAGGCUCAGUCUGAAACUAAUCCAAACCAAUUUGUGUCUUGUGGGGUUAGUAAGAUCACUGCUGAUAAUACCCAUCAAGGGUUUUUAGAUGGAGAUCAUAAUCUGUUUAAUUGGUAUAAUAAUGAUAGUUACAAUAGUAGUUACGUGAACAACAUUGUGAGAGCAGAGAGUUGUUCGAGAUCGACUGUAACGACUACAGCACCCAACUCAAAGGCCCGAGUGAAAAGAUUGUCGACAGCAUUGAUGAGCGAGCCAUACGAUCUUGUUGAGCCUGACGCGGCAGAUCUGCUAGCAAAGUACACCCAUUACUGUCAAGUAUGCGGUAAAGGAUUCAAACGAGAUGCCAAUCUAAGGAUGCAUAUGCGCGCGCAUGGGGAUGAGUACAAGUCUAAUGCAGCGCUUACAAAUCCGUUAAAAAAGGAGGUCACGAACGAGGAGAAUAACGAGAUUAAACCCCCGAGGAAGUACUCAUGUCCACAACAGGGGUGCAGAUGGAAUAAGAAUCAUGUGAAGUUUCAACCGUUAAAGUCGAUAAUUUGUGUGAAAAAUCAUUAUAAGAGAAGUCAUUGUCCAAAGAUGUAUGUUUGUAAGAGAUGUAACAGGAAGAAUUUUUCGGUGUUGUCGGAUUUGAGGACACAUGAGAAACAUUGUGGGGAUAGGAAAUGGCAGUGUUCAUGUGGGACUACAUUUUCAAGAAAGGAUAAACUUAUGGGACAUGUUGCUUUGUUUGUUGGGCAUAAUCCUGUCAAUCCUCAAGGUGAAGGUGAUUGUAAUAUUGAUAAUCAGAGAACAAUGCAGAUUCAGUUUCAGGAUAGGGGUUAAAGUUGUGUUAGAUACAUUUUUCCAUAUCUUUUUAUUUGUUCAUUGUGAAAUACAGCAACUUUAUUGUGCGUUCUUGAUAUUCUUGUUAGCCAAAAUUAGUUAUACACUUCUACAUAUUACAACUUCUAGGACCUUUACUUAGAAAAGAAGUGAAACAGGCGCCAAUGUCGUUCCUAGCAUUGUAUGUGCCCUAGGCAAACUGAAAGAAAUAUGCCCUUUAUGUGGAUGGUCUAUUCUGAACUUAAAACGAGUGUUUGAAAAAAAAUAACAAAUUCAAAUACUAUUAUAGUUAAAAUUAAAAA